GUGUUUUCAGUUACGUUUUGCGUGUAGUCACAGAAUGACGUUUGAUGAUGAGUGAUGAUGAAUAUUUAGUCUGAUGUUUUUAAUGUUUUGAUAAAAGUGAUUUAAAAUGAAAUAUAAACAUAUUUAAAAACUUAAUUUUAAAUUUAUUAAAUUACAUUUAAUAAAUACUGUUGUGUUAAAUGUUUAAAAAAAAUAUGAACAGUUCUAUGGAUACUACCACCACCACCACUACUACUACUACUGCUACAACUCUGAAGUCAAAAAGAUUUCCAACCAUGUUUAAGAAAAUAAUGCUUUCAAGAUUAAAAACCAUUUCAAAAGAUGCAACUUCGGCUGUCAAAUCGUCUGUUCAAAAGAAGACAUCGGCUAAAAAAAAGUCGAAAGCGGCAAUAGAAGCUGAACAGGAAGUUGUGGGUAUGUCAAGGCGGCCAGACACAGCCACAUUGGGCAAACCACUGUUGGACAAGCAGGCGGAGAACAGAACGGAAGUACGGCCAUCAACUACAAAACGUCCGGUUUGUCAACAAUUUAAUAACAGAACAUACCGGGUGAAAACCAAGGACCGAAAAAGCGUGCUAAGCUUGCCAGAAGUAACUAAACAAACAUCAAAAAAUCGUAAAAGUCAUUUACCAAUUAAAGUGAAACCGAUUGCUCCCACUCCGCCAAUUCGGCAACGUAUCCAAAAGAUGUCUCCGUCAAACGAACAGGACAAUAUUAAAGAGAAUAUUAAUAGCGAAAAAAAAGAAGAAAAACCGGAAGAAUAUAUACCAGAAAAAUGGGUUCCAACCGCUGUUGGAUCGGCGAGGAAGAAAAGGCUUGUUUUGUGCUAUUUGUGCGGUAAAGAAUUCGGUACUGCUUCGUUGCCAUUUCAUGAACCACAAUGUCUCAAGAAAUGGACCCUAGAAAAUUCUCGAUUACCUGAACAUUUACAAAGAACUAUGCCAAAGAAACCGGAAAAUCAAACUAUUUCUGUUGAUGAUUGGAAUCAGUUAGCAUGGGAAGCCACUCAGUCAAAUUUGGUGCCAUGCGAUUUUUGUCAAAGGAAGUUCCUAGCAAACAGACUCGAAGCCCACGCAAGAGUUUGUAUUGAAUCCAAAAAAAAAACAGUGCCGGCGCCAAAGUUACCCGUUAAAGCGGCCGUAAUCAUGGACAGACCAAAAAAGAAACCGGCGCCGUGUUACGUGUGCGGUCGCCUGUUCGGGACCGCGUCCAUAGGGAUCCACGAACCACAGUGUCUGAUCAAGUGGACCCGAGAAAACGAUAGCUUAGCACCGCAUCUCCGACGACCUGUGCCCACUAAACCGGAGGUGAUCAUCGAUGAAGUGACGGGCAAGGUGGACCAGCGGGCUACCAGAGAAGAACACUGGAAAUCGUACUUGUCGCAGCUUGUGCCGUGCGACCGGUGCAAACGGACAUUCGACCCUGACCGGUUGGAAGUGCAUCAAAGAAGUUGUAAAGGAGUGACGAAUAAAUGAAAACAAUAUUAUUGACGGUUGUCGUAAUUUUUGUCAAAACUCCGUUUUAUUUAAUGAACUACGGUGUACCUAUUCUAUAUUAUACUAUAAUACAUAUAUAACUAAAUCAGCGAAUCAGCCUAGCCAGUAGGUAACCCUUGUAAAAAUCAGAGACGAUUAACUCACGAUUACCAUCUUCUCCACGUCGCUAACAGAUGAUAGAUACAUGGUACCUAUCAUAGUAUCAUUACAAUGAUCGAUUUUUUCUUCGUAUAAAUUAUAAAUGACUUCUGAUCACAUAUUUUCUAUAAUACUUUUAUAAUACCCACUCAAUGAUUUAUUGAUUAAGUGUAGUUAAUCUCCUUAUACUUAUAGCCUAUAUAGGCUAUAGGUACUUAUCACGAAAUAAAAUUGUUAAAUUAUUAAUUUAAAUGUUGACAGGGACUUGCUCAGAAAAUUUAUGUGGGGGGAGGGGGUUGUAACAUACUCGAUGUUGGAAGCAAUGAAUGAUAAAAUACGACUUGGGAAAUUUUGUGAUAAAAUAAUUCGACAAGUCAUUAUAAAGAUGCAUUAUUUCUUUUAUAAUUAAAAAUAAAAAUAAUACGGUCAAUGGGGGGGUUAACCCCUCCCUGUGAGCACACCCUUGACUGUUGACUAUGUUUUAAUACCUACUACAUUAAUAUAAACGAUAAAUUAGUUAAUACUAAUUGAUUUCACUUCAAAUUGUAUCCAGAACACCGACAAAUAAGUUAUGUAUAAAAUUCUGUAGAUACGAGUGAAAUGUUAUAUUGUCAUAUUUGUAUACUGUGUAUAGUAUUAGCAGUACUUAAAAUAAUUUGUGAUUUAAAUGUGUGUACAUAGUUAAGUGAAUAAUUUACGUAGGUACUUGAGCAUUUUACCAUAAUUAUUAGUAACCUCUAAUUUUUGUUUUUUUAAUUUAAUAUUUAUUAUAAUAAACUAGCUGUUUACCUACA